AGUGUAUGCGGCUAUCCGCGUUUACCCUGUUCCUCUCACACUAGCGGCAUGGCUGCGGAUAGCACGAUGUCUAAUGGUCGGGAAGCGGCCUCUCUGAACGGUGAACCCGCGCUCAAGCGCUCCAGAGACAGCGUGGACUCACUGCGGAUCCCGCGGGAGCCCCAGAAUAAAGUGACCGUCGUCUUGGGAGCCCAGUGGGGCGAUGAGGGGAAGGGGAAAGUGGUCGACCUCUUGGCGAUGGACGCCGACAUUGUGUGCAGAUGCCAGGGAGGAAAUAACGCAGGACACACAGUGGUGGUGGACAGUGUGGAGUAUGACUUUCACCUGCUGCCUAGCGGUGUUCUCAACAAGAAGGCCACCUCAUUUAUCGGAAAUGGAGUUGUGAUACACCUGCCAGGACUUUUUGAGGAGGCUGAGAAGAACUCGCAGAAAGGCAAUGGACUUCAAGGUUGGGAGGAACGGCUGAAGAUAUCUGACCGGGCACAUAUUGUGUUCAAUUUCCAUCAGGCCGUUGAUGGGAUACAGGAGCAGCUGAGACAGCAGCAGGCUGGGAAGAAUUUGGGCACCACUAAGAAGGGCAUUGGACCUGCCUAUUCUUCCAAAGCAGCACGUAAUGGACUGAGAGUGUGUGACCUGGUCUCAGACUUUUCAGUCUUUGAGGAAAAGUUUCGGGUUCUGGCUGGUCACUUUCAGACCACAUAUCCUAAUCUUAAUAUUGAUAUCAAUGCUGAGCUUGAGCAACUGAAGAGUUUUGCUGAGAGGCUGCGCCCUCUAGUAACUGAUGGGGUUUAUUUCAUGCACCAAGCCCUCAAUGGACCAAGCAAGAAGAUUCUGGUGGAAGGAGCCAACGCUGCCUUACUGGAUAUCGAUUUCGGGACCUACCCCUUUGUGACCUCAUCGAACUGUACUGUCGGAGGAGUUUGCACGGGUCUUGGAGUCCCGCCGUCUCAUGUUGGCCGUGUGUAUGGAGUGGUGAAGGCCUACACCACCAGGGUGGGAGUGGGGGCAUUCCCUACUGAGCAAGAUAAUGAAACUGGUGAUCUGCUUCAGAGCAGAGGGAGGGAAUUUGGCGUCACAACAGGCAGACGACGUCGCUGUGGAUGGCUGGACCUGGUUUUGGUUCGUUAUGCCCACAUGGUUAAUGGUUUUUCAGCCAUUGCUCUGACCAAGUUGGACAUUCUUGACACAUUGCCAGAAAUAAAGAUUGGCAUUGCCUACACAGUUGACGGAAAGCCUCUUCCCAGUUUUCCUGCAAACAUGGACGUCCUCACAAAGGUUCAAGUGACUUAUGAGACGUUCCCUGGCUGGUGUUGUAGCACUGAGGGAGUCCGCAGUUUUGAUGAGCUGCCUUCACAGGCACAAGCUUACAUUCGCUUUAUCGAGAAUUUCCUGCAGGUGCCAGUGAAGUGGGUCGGAGUUGGCAAGUCAAGAGAAAGCAUGAUAAAGCUGUUCUGACGAGGGCAACGGGUACUGCUGAACCUCAUUUGAAAGUCUGCCAGGACAUCCAUCACGACCUCUGGAGAACCAGAACUUUCAUUUAUGCAUCAGCGCUGAGAUUAAGACUAACUGUGGGUUUAAAAUCCACUGAAUGUCCCACUCAAAGUGAACACCAGCAUUGUGUAUACAUGUCUGAUUUGAGCUCGCUUUCCUGCAUUUGUUAAUCUUGACUCAUACCCAUUUCUUCCAAAGCACAUCCCAGAAUUCCUCAGAACAUACCUCUGUCAGUCACUAGUAGUCGUCUGAUGUCUGAGUAAUUACUGUCUGAGUAAUUACAGACUUUAAGAUUGAGGGGGUGUCAUCUUAAAUUUUCUUUAGAUCAAACUUUGCACUCUAGCAUUUAAAUUUUCAUUACGAAUAUGUGGAUAAAACCAAACU